UCAUACACAAAAAAAUAAAAUGGAACGUCAACAACCUCAAAAGCAGAAAGCAAAAGAGAAGAGCAAAGGCAACAAGACGAAGUUCGUGGGAGUUAGGCAAAGGCCUUCAGGGAAAUGGGUGGCAGAGAUCAAAGACACGACACAAAAGAUACGUAUGUGGCUCGGAACCUUUGAGACUGCAGAAGAAGCAGCUCGAGCCUACGAUGAAGCCGCCUGUCUCUUACGUGGCUCCAAUACUCGAACCAAUUUCGCUAACCAUUUUCCAAACAACUCACAAUUGUCCUUGAAGAUCAGAAACCUCCUUCACCAGAAGCAGAGCAUGAAACAGCAGCAACAACAGCAACACAAACCCGUUUCUUCUUUUGCGGAAUGUAACAUCGACUACACUUCGGCUGCUACUAGUCUCACCACUACCACCACCACCACCACGGUAAUGCCACUCAAUGAUGUGUACCGCCCGGAAUCAUCAGUCAUUGGGAUACCAGAAACCAACGGUCACCAGCAUCCUUACUCGUGGCCCCUUGUCUCUGCAUUCAACCAUCUGGUCCCUAUGGCUCAGGGAGGGGAAGAAACACAUGGGCAUCUCAACGACCACAACUCAACCGAUCAACAUUUGGGUCUUGCUGAAAUCGAAAGACAGAUAUCAGCAUCCCUAUAUGCAAUGAAUGGACCUAGCAGUUACUAUGACAGCAUGACUGCCGAAUAUGCAAUCUUCGAUCCUACCGAUCCCAUUUGGGAUCUCCCUUCACUCUCCCAACUCUUCUGCCCUACAUGAUUCCACUUUACUUUUCCUGACUAAUUCAUGUAAUUUUUUGGAUCAUG